CGAAAAAUGCGCAAUCACUGUCCAGAGACGCACACGAGAGCACAAUACGAACUAUAUCUGUUUGGUUAAGUUUUGGGUUUUUGUUGCAUGGAAAUUGUCUUUUCAUGAACAUGGUCACGCCGGUUUCAUUUUCGCUUUAUUUUGGGCGUUUUGUUUCUCUGCGUUUGCAUUUUCUCUUUGUCUCCAAAGGGCUGUGAGUUUCAAGGGGCGCUGAGUCCUGGAGGCCUAAAAGGGAACUACGGAUGCUGGAACGUUACCUCUCGGUCCGUCACAUUCUGACAUACUGUGACAUUUUUUUGCACUGCCCUGUCAACAUUUUGACAGUUGAAAAAAAAAAUGUGGGCCCGGCACCCACGGCAAUCACCACCUGUGAUGUUUGUCCACACGUUCUCCGAGUGGAUUCCGGUGGCCUAAAAUAAUGUAAAUAAAAUAACGUAUGCAUAUGUAAUUGUUUUGCGUACCAAAAUGAAUCAAAGUCAAACUAGACUGGAAAAAGAUUCCUUUCUGAUGUGGCUUUUCAAGUUCAGUCUCCAAAGAAGAUCUGAUGUUCUUGUUUCGUUGUCAUAUGGCUUUUGUUUUUGUUCCCCUUUGUUCUGCUCCUACCGCCUUUCUCCAGAUGCUGAGUUUAUGCGACUAGCUCAUCCAGACGCUGUUAAUCCAGUAAACUACAAUCAAAAUAUCCGCCUCAUCUCUCUCGUACAAAUAAAAGUGGCCUAAAUGUAAUUUCUAUUUUCUUUUAUAUGUCUGUCAAGGGUGGCCUUUCCCUUGUUAUUAUUUUGGUUGCUGCGAUUCCUUUACUGGUUUUGGCUUCAAUGCACCGGUCCGUCGAGAUGGUCCUUGAAUUUUGAAAACUAUUAAUUCCAGCAUUAUCCACAGUUAUGUUUUGUUGUCAGUUUCUAUCAAACUGAACAGCCAAAACCUGAAACUUUUUAGUUGGGACAUGCCCAAGCAUCAAGAAAAAAAAAACAACAUAUGCAAUUUAACAACAACAACAACAAAAAAACCCACACACACCCUGUAAAAAAUGAUCAAAGGACAGAUUUUGUUCCAGGCAGUUGGUUCACUUGCAUCCAGUAGGGGGAAUCGACUGCUCGCUCUGCAGCCAUCUGCCUCUCAAUCUCCAGCCCUCUCCUCGUCUCCCAUGCAUAUUCCCGGGUUGUGGAAACGCUGCAGCCCAAUGGUCUGCGUCUGCUUGGCUGCUUUAAGACCCUCCUACCAGCUGGGCUGAAAAAAAGAGGCGGCACUGUGCUUGCAAGCCUUGGACGAGCCCCCUUUUACCGCCCUGUCAGUGUUGAGGAGAAGGGAAGAAAGAGAGAGAGAGAAGGAGAGAGAGCGAGAGAUCAAGAGAGCGCAUGCGAGAGAGCAACUCUGUGACAGAGGCAAAGAGAACCAAACAGGCUGCUUAGAGAAGUGAGAGAGCAGAAAGGAGGAAAUAAGGAACGUACACGACCCGAGCAGGAAGAGGGAGGAACGCAGACGAGGGACCCUUUCUCUUCUCUGCCACAAGGGGCACAGUCGCUACUUUUAUCCACUUGACUUCUCGAUGAAACCCAGUGGACUGGACUAACCAAUUAGCGGAUUUGUACGACCCGUUUGUGCUGCAUCCUUCGGAAACUGGCGCAUCCGUUGCGCUUUCUGCUUGCGCAAAGUGAGAGGACUGACUGUCUGUUUCUGCGCUCGCCUCUUCGCGUGCGCCGCUCCGUGCGCAAAGUGCAUCUGUCGGCAAUCGGUGCUGAGGACGUCUCCCCUCUGUCAUACAAGACACCGUUGGAUCAGGCUACAGAGUGGAGAGGCAGAGCGUGUGUGUGUAUGUGUGUGUGAGUGUGUGUGCGAGUGUGUGUGUGUGUGUGUGUGAGAGAGAGAGAGAGACCGUUUGAAUCAGUGUGUGCAUGAGGCAGAGGCAAAAGUGAUCCAGUUUGAAUAGAGAAGGGAACCCAUACUUCCUCUCCCUGUGUUCCUUUUGCCAUUCCUUUCCUCCUCUCUUUUUUCCUCCCGUUCCUCUCCCACUCUCCAAACAUUCACAGGACCGCUCAGCUUCUCUUUGCAACUUCUCUUCCCUCCCCAUCCUCUCUACCUCUCCCCCUUUUUUUUGUCACACCUUGAUCCGACGCCCGCGGCGGACGAGCGCGCCGCACUUGGAAUCGGGAACUUGAGGGAAUAUUUCCUUUUUUCAUCCGGCAACGAGAGAGAGAGACCGAGGCGACAAGUCCGCCUUGUUCGUGGAGCUCCAGACCACAUUGAGACAUUAGCGUCUUUUCCCAGCUGUUGUUGCAGCACGCGGACACUUCCCCUUCCCCUCUUGUGGAGCCACGAGUGACAGCUGUGUGGACAAGGAAGAAAGGAUCCCUACGAGCGUUCCACUCCUCCACUAUCCACCCCCGGUGUCACCAUUCCCUGCCUCAGUGCUAAGGAUUCCAGCUACAUGGGCAAGCGAUUGGAGCAGCAGCCAAUGUACCCUCAGUACACCUACUACUACCCCAAUUAUCUCCAGACUAAGCAGCCCUAUGCUCCACCCCCUCAUCCCAUGGCUCCUCCCAGCCCCAGCACCAACAACUGCAGCCAGGGAGCGGCGGAGCAGCUGAGUAAGACCAACCUGUACAUCCGAGGCCUGCCACCCGGGACCACCGACCAGGACCUCAUCAAGCUCUGUCAACCGUACGGGAAGAUCGUGUCGACAAAGGCCAUUCUGGAUAAGAACACCAACCAGUGCAAAGGCUAUGGCUUUGUUGAUUUUGACAGCCCAGCUGCGGCGCAGAAAGCCGUGUCGUCUCUCAAAGCCACCGGGGUGCAGGCGCAAAUGGCCAAGCAACAAGAGCAGGACCCGACCAACCUGUACAUCUCCAACCUGCCCAUCUCGAUGGACGAGCAGGAGCUGGAGAACAUGUUGAAACCUCUUGGUCAUGUCAUCUCCACCAGGAUAUUGAGGGACGCCAACGGAGUCAGCCGGGGAGUUGGCUUCGCCAGGAUGGAGUCCACGGAGAAAUGCGAAGUCGUUAUCCAGCAUUUCAACGGAAAAUACCUGAAGACCCCACCAGGAAUUCCAACUCCCACGGAGCCGCUGCUGUGUAAAUUUGCCGACGGUGGCCAAAAGAAGCGGCAGAGUCAGAGCAAGUACCCUCAGAACGGGAGGCCGUGGCACAGGGAAGGCGAGACUGGCAUGGCAUUAACAUAUGAUCCUGCUGCAGUGCAGAACGGGUUCUACUCUUCGCCUUACAGCAUCGCCACCAACCGCAUGAUCGCACAGACCUCCAUCACGCCCUUCAUCGCUGCUUCACCCGUUUCCACAUAUCAGGUCCAGAGUACAUCAUGGAUGCCUCAUCAACAAUACGUUAUGCAACCUACAGGUGCAGUGAUCACGCCAGCCAUGGACCACACUAUGUCCAUGCAGCCUGCCAGCAUGAUGGGUCCCCUCACCCAGCAGAUGAACCAUCUGUCCCUGGGCACCACCGGAAGUUACAUGACUGCCGCCGCCGCCGCAGCAGCGCCUAUGCAAGGGACCUACAUUCCCCAGUACACUCCUGUGCCUCCAACAGCCGUCCCUGUCGAAGGAGUGGUGACGGAUGCCUCCCCGCAGACAGUGGCUCCCUCAUCACAGGAGGUGACUGGCCAGCAGCAACAGAUUCAAGUCGACGGUGCCACCGACCACGUUUCUGCUUACUCGUACCAGUCCAAAUAGCAACGGCCUGAGAGAAUGUUCCUGUGACAGCGUUGCCUUGAGACAAAAGGUGGCUGCACUGUGAAUGUGAGAGGGGAAUGUAGGGGAAGAGAAAAAAAAAGGCGAUUGCUUCCAGAUUGCCCAGGCACCAAAAAAGAAAAAAAAGACACUUUUUUUCAUUUUCGACCUGGUCAACUAUGGGAAAAAAAAAACAAGGAAGCAAUGGAUGCUAAGAAAAGGGGUGUGGGAUAUUGUUGGGGCACAGUGCAAAGAAAUUCAAUUGUUAAGUGUGAAAACCUGCCCGAAGGGCCGUGCUGAAGCUAGAAAAUUUUCUCAAAGAAAAUCCUCAACCAAUUAAAUAAGACAAAAAAAAAAAAAAACAACCAAAAAAUACAGAAAAAUGACACAAAAAAAAAAGGUUGAAUGUGAAGGUGAACUUUAUUUUGUAAUUAGAACGGGGAGUCAUGUUUGAGAUACACACAGAGAUUGUCUUCCUCAGAAACUAAGCUAAAAGUUGUUUUCACUAUUUUUUAUGUUCUAGUGUUCAAUUUUACUUUUCUAGAUAUAUUUGAAAACAAGGUGUUUGGGUUUUUUUUCUUUCUUUCUUGAAUCUUCAUGGCCUUAAUUUCAAGGGCGCCAGAGACUUUGCAAGUUCAAAUCUGACGUCUGUUUGGGAGUUGGGUGGAAGGAAAAGGGGGGACAGAAGUCUAAGCGAAUCAGUAUUUUGGACCACUUGGAAGGUUCAAGAAACUGGAUGAGUUGAUUAAAGAGGAAGAAGAAUCUAUCACAUAAGCUGUACAGGUUUAAUAGAAAAGAGUUUUUCUUUUUUUUCCUUUUCUUCACAAGAAGAAUGCUUUGAUAACGAUUAUGUCAGAUGUAACAAAUGUGUUAAAAGAACUAAAUGCCUGUUGCGGAAAAGACUUGAGCGCUGAAGAGAUUUUUCACAAUGAGGAAAAAAAAAAAA